CACACACACACGCACACAUGUGCGUUGAAAGCAGCAGCAAAUGUGAACUUAUGAUGUACACAUACUGCAAUGUACAGCAACUGUACUUCAGGUACAAUAAAUGGAAAAUACUUUGAACAAUUACUCCAAUAUUGGACUUUGAAAACUAAGACUCACCUUUAACCUGCAUUCUGUCUACUGACCACAAGGGGGGGGACUAGUUCUCUCACCAGUAUUAACCGGUUAUAUCAGACGUCAUGUGAAAAUCAUCGUAAAAGUUUUGCGGCUUCGGGGCAAAGUUUGAAUUCGCAGGUCUGUGAUUGGUGGACGGCCUCGUUCUGCCAUCGACCAAUCAGAAGCUUCCGCCAGGUGUGAGAACUGCCUCAAGCUCCUCCUUCCCGGCAUCUGACAUCAGCUGACACCGGCGAAGGAGCUCAGAAGCAGUUCGCUCACCUGGAGAGCGCCUCUUGCCCGCCUGUCACUCACACAGACACACACACACACACCUCCGGCUGGUGAAGCCAUGACACAUAGAACACUCACCCAAAACCCCCUCGAGAAGACAUGGGGUCCGUGGAUGAAAAGCAGGCUGAGCCAGCGAAGGGGCUCGUCGGUGCCCCAGUUCACCAACUCCCCCACCAUGAUCGUGAUGGUGGGCCUCCCGGCCCGAGGGAAGACCUACAUCUCCAAGAAGCUCACCAGAUACCUGAACUGGAUCGGAGUCACAACCAAAGUGUUUAACGUGGGUCAGUACAGAAGAGACGCCACACGUUCCUACAACAGCUUUGAGUUCUUCAGACCCGACAACACGGAGGCCAUGAAGAUACGCAAAGCUUGUGCCGUCGCUGCCCUGAAGGACGUGUGCGACUACUUCACUAGAGAGACGGGCCAGGUGGUGGUGUUUGAUGCCACCAACACCACGCUGGAGCGCAGAGAGGUCAUCCUCCGCUUCGCCGAGGAAAACGGCUACAAGGUUUUCUUUGUGGAGUCGAUAUGUGACGAUCCAGAAAUCAUAGCCGCAAAUAUCAAACAAGUGAAGCUGAGCAGCCCCGACUACGCGGACUGUGACAAAGAGGAGGCCGUGGCCGACUUCCUGAAGAGGAUCGAUUGCUACAAGUUGACCUACGUCCCGCUGGACGACAACAAGGACAGGAACCUGUCCUACAUCAAGAUCUUCAACGUGGGCAGCAGGUACCUGGUGAACCGGGUCCAGGACCACAUCCAGAGCCGCAUCGUCUACUACCUCAUGAACAUCCACGUCACCCCCAGGUCCAUCUACCUGUGUCGCCACGGCGAGAGCGAGCUCAACCUAGUGGGCCGCAUCGGGGGGGACACCGGGCUGUCCCCUCGGGGGGCAAAGUUCGCCGGCGCUCUGGGGACGUACAUGCGCGAGCAGACCAUCAGCGACCUGAAGGUGUGGACCAGCCACAUGAAGAGGACCAUCCAGACCGCUGAGGCCCUGGGGGUCCCGUACGAGCAGUGGAAGGCCCUCAACGAGAUCGACGCGGGGGUUUGUGAGGACAUGACGUACGAGGAGAUCCAGGAGAAUUACCCAGAGGAGUUUGCACUGCGGGACCAGGACAAGUACCGCUACCGCUACCCCAAAGGAGAGUCUUACGAGGACCUGGUCCAGCGUCUGGAGCCGGUCAUCAUGGAGCUGGAGAGGCAGGAGAACGUUCUGGUCAUCUGCCACCAGGCCGUCAUGAGAUGUCUGCUCGCCUACUUCCUGGACAAGACUUCACACGAGCUGCCCUACCUGAAGUGUCCUCUGCACACGGUGCUGAAGCUGACCCCCGUGGCCUACGGUUGUAAAGUGGAAUCGGUCUUCCUGAACAUCGAGGCCGUCAACACACACAGAGACAGACCGGAGAACGUGGACGUGGACAGGGACCCGGCAGAGGCCCUGGAGACGGUCCCGGACCACAUCUAGAGGAAGCUGCAGGGGGGGGCCGCCCCCACUGAGUGAGACAUGGUCCUCCUGAUGGAGGGCCUCCCCUGUUCUUCAUGAAGUGUCAGGACGAACGAGGGAGGGGCCUCUUUGACUGAAGAUGAAGACUGCUGUUAAUCUAUGAAUUCAUUUUGCCUAGGGGGGGGGGGGGGGGGCAGCUGGGACUUUUAGCUGCCUGAGGACCAUGAUGUGCCUCACACGCGCUGUGAUGAUUCUAUGCACGUGUGUUGUGUUGGGACCCCGAGGGGGAGUGAUGCAUUGUGGGUACUUUUCUUUUCGGUAAAGCCGGCUGUCAUGAAGCUGCUUAUCAAACACGGCUACGAGUGGACUCAUGAGACUUUAAGGUCCCCCCCCCCCAGAGGGUCUGAAUACAAAGGGCCAACACUUCACUGAGGUUCAAGGACACUUGGAAAUUGGCCUGAAGACACGAUUGAAGGAAUUAGGAGCCAUAAACGAGCCAUAAAGGAGCAAGGAACAGAGGGAAAGAACAGGGCCUCCUCCAUGGAGUCAUUCUGUGACCCUGCUAACCCCCCCCCAACAGAUCCAUGUGUGUAGCUGAGUGUGUGACUUCUUAGUCCUCAGUGACUUCUCAUCAAACAGCGUUUCUCUUAAAUUGUCAUUUUAUCCUGAAUUCUGUGUUUUAAUUCUGUCUCCUGAAGCAUUUUUUUAUUCUUGUGAUCUCAGUUUAAGAUCAAAAGUCUCAAGUUAAACGCCCGCACAAUAAUAACCAUACGGUCUUCUCAGGGAACUUUUUUAUUUUCGUUGAAUGGAACCAGCACAUGUCAGUCACUUCAUCCCUCCUGAAACAAAAAUGCUGAUAAUGUGGAAAAGGUGAACAUUUGUGAGCUGUAACCUUCAGGCAAUACAAUAAAAACACACAAACACCUCAAUAAAUGAGUGACUUCAA